UAUUUAUACAGGUAAUAAGACCUGCUGACCACCUUCAGGGGAUGUUUGGUAACCCUGACACAUUGUAAUAUUUCAUAUGUUUUGCCCGUGCUCCAUCCUCGACAAAAAGCUGCCCCUGAAUCCAUGGAUGCAUUGGAAGUGUCGUAGAAAGCGUAAAAGUAAACCCCUCCAUCCCCUGAGAGCACGGCUCGAACCUGUGACCUCGCUGCUCCGGUCAGAUCUCAUCAUUUCCUCCAGAGUCCUGAGCCGGCAGGGGGAGGGCAGUGGAAAAAAGCAAGGCUGCGAUAUGCAGGUGGGUGGUGGGGGGAGGGAGCCUCCUUCAUGCUCUCCCGGAAGGGGAGGGGGAACAGGGGCGUCGCCACGGCUCACUGCUCAAUUACAUCAAGAAAAAAAGAAAAAGAAAUGGCUCACUUGUGAUGCCUAGAAGACUCUCUGGGAGGACGAGACACGGGGAGACAGGAAUCCUCUGCAGCAGAUGAACUGAGCCACAGCAGGAGAGCGCUUUGCUGCUGCUGCUUGAUUGGACACGUGGAGACGGAUUAAAGGGGUCAUCACAGCCACACUCCUUCAUUACGCCCCUCAGAGAAUCGAUUGUGUGAGCAGGUAACGGGAACAUUAUGACAUAACAAGGCUCCAACUCAGAGGAAAUGAACAGAGACUGACCAGUGAGCACCCUUAAGGAAACAGACAAGUGGAGCAGGACUAUGAUGGUCCCUGUUGUGGUUCUGCUGGUGCUCCUGCUGCUCUCUGGACCUGCGUCUUCUGUCCAGGGAGACACUCAGGAAAUUGGGAACAGCGAUGACAUCUUGGAGAGAGAGUUCAUCUAUGCGCCGAAGCGCCAGAAGCGGGCCGUGGUUGACCAAGGAGCCGCCCAAACGGACAAAUGCUCCUACACCUUCAUUGUCCCUCAGCAGAAAAACAACGGGGCCAUCUGUGUGAACUCCAAGGAGCCCGAGGCCCUGCUGGAGAACCGGGUCAACAAGCAGGAGCUGGAGCUGCUCAAUGGCGAGCUGCAGAAGCAGCGGCGGCAGAUCGAAGUGCUGCAGCAGAUGGUGGAGGUGGACGGGGGCGUGGUCAACGAAGUCAAGCUCCUGCGCAAGGAGAGCCGCAACAUGAACUCCAGGGUCACGCAGCUCUACAUGCAGCUGCUGCACGAGAUCAUACGCAAGAGGGACACGGCGCUCGAGGCCUCGCAGCUGGAGACCCGCAUGCUCAACCACACGCACGAGAUGGGGCGGCUGGCCUCGCGCUACCGCGACCUGGAACACAAGUACCAGCACCUGUCGGCGCUCGCCAACAACCAGAGUGCUCUGCUGGUGCAGCUGGAGGAGCAAUGUAAGCGGGGGGGACAAAAGCACCACGCGGUGCAGGAGAGGAGCCGGGUUGCCCGUCCACAGCCUGCCGCGAUCCCCCAGCCUCCCGUGCAGAUGCCUCCGCUGUCUCCCGGAGGCUACAGGCCCUACCACCCGCCCACCUUCACCCGCCACACCAACAACCCCAUGACCAACGAGAUACAGAAUGACCAGAACACCAAAGCGCUGCCCCUUCCGCUGGCUACUGUGCCCAGUGCGACGUACAGCGUCACCAGCGAGCCGGCCGGUCCUUUCAAAGACUGUCUAGAGGCUCUGGAGUCCGGAUUCACCACCAGCGGCAUGUACCUCCUAAAGCCAGACAAUGGCAACCAACUCAUGCAGGUUUGGUGUGACCAGGGACAUGACCCUGGUGGCUGGAGUGUCAUUCUGAGACGUCAGGAUGGCUCUGUAAACUUCUUCAGAAACUGGGAGACCUACAAGCAAGGGUUUGGAAACAUCGAUGGUGAAUACUGGUUGGGCCUGGAGAACAUCUACUGGCUGACCAACCAGGGCACCUACAAGCUGCUGGUGACUCUGGAGGACUGGAGCGGACGCAAGACCUUUGCCGAGUACGCCAGCUUCCGCGUGGAGGCGGAGUUAGACUUCUACAGGCUGAGAGUGGGCCGAUACCACGGCAGUGCCGGGGACUCCCUCACCUGGCACAACGGCAAGCAGUUCACUACACUGGACAGAGACCAUGACGCGUACGCGGGUAACUGUGCCCACUACCAGAAGGGAGGCUGGUGGUACAACGCCUGUGCCCACUCCAACCUGAACGGCGUGUGGUACCGCGGUGGGCACUACCGCAGCCGCUACCAGGACGGCGUCUACUGGGCCGAGUUCAGAGGAGGAGCUUAUUCUCUGAAGAAAGUGACAAUGAUGAUAAGACCCAAUGCAAACACCUUUCAUUAAACCCGUUGGAUCCUAGGGUCCCCCUUUAUGUGCCACAUACCGUCUAAUAAGAGAUACUCAUGACAAACAAAUACAAUAAUUCCCCACAACUUUGGACAGAUUAGAGACUUGGCUACAAAGCAAACUUACCAAAUUUGUCAAAUAAUUAGCAUACGGCGGUUCAUUUGUGGACCCACCAAUUGAAGCUAGAAGCAAACAAAUCCAAGACAAACAACGGUUCCACCCUGAUUGUGGUCGAAUACAUUUUCUCUCAGACAAACCUUCCCCGAGUUAUGGAGAAAACAAGCACCAGACACACAAAUCGCAUCAUCUCCGUUGAGUCAUAAAUCUUCCUUAACUUUGCUGUUCAAUGAAAAAAUGCAAUUAUUCAGGGGGUUUUAGAGCAAUAAAUAUCCAUCAGCCAUCUUGUGCACUCCUCAAACAUUCCUUCCUGUGUUCAGAUCAGAUUAAGGCUCUGCAUGUAGUGGCUACGUGAGCUGGCGCUCCACGUAGGACUACUCCAGUCCCACGAUUAAAACAGGAUUGGCUGAAUGGUGAAAGAAAUCUGAAUAUCCCUUCCCCCGUGAGGGCUGUACUAAUGCCAAUCAUAAUGGAACACAGAAACUCAUUGUUGGGCUUGCUUUGCAUAAAGGCUGGAUUUAGAGGAAACUGCUUGAGUGACCGAAAAAAAAGAUCAACAAGUUUUAUUUUAAAACUUUUGUCGGAGCCCAUCUAGCUGUUACACAUCAUUUGCAUACUUUAUGCUAAGCUAGGCUAACAUUAGCCUCACGCAAGCUCUGUAUUUGUUAAACCAUUACUGUAAAUUACCCCUCCAGGCCCUUUUCAUUGGACAGUGUGGAACUGAAUUGAGCCUUUGAAUGUCAACUGGAUUUACAAAAACAUUUAAAAAAAUAACAACAAGUAAAGUAAAGCAGCUACAGUACAGUUAGUCAAACAUUAUGCAAGUGGAAGUUAUUCACUCACCAAAGGUGUCCUGGUUUGUUGAAAAUGUCGGUCGUGCAUUAAUGUGCAGAUACAGUAUGUACCAGGUAUUCUGUGUAUAUAUAUGCGGUCUCAUUCAAAUUAUUUUUUUAUAGUCUGUAUGUUAUCAAACUUGCAAUAAA